AAGUUGGCUCGGUGAGAGGCUAGAUCCCAGGCACAAAUCCACCGCAUAGCGUUUUCCGCCAUGAAUGCGCACGCGCGCUCCAAUCUGCUGGCUGUGCUCCUGCUUGCGCUCUUCGCCUUCGCGGGACUCCGAGCCUUCGUGCCACCCCAGCAGCCACUGCGUGGUGCCAGCGCCGCGGCGGCUGUGGCAGCUGCCUCCGCUGCGUUGCCCGCGGGAGCGGCGGAUGAGUACCUGAACUACAACAUGACAGGCGAAUACACGCCUUUCAUGAUCAUCGGUUACUUCGGCCUGACCACCUUCCUCACGGCCUUUGCCUUCGGCUCGUACCUCAUCCUGACCAAGCUCAAGAUCAUAUGAGCGCACCAACUCUGCCGAGCGGAAUGAAUUUUCCUAUAUAGAGCCAGCAGCCUGAAGAGAGGGAAGUUGCAA